UUUUUGCGGAUGCGCGAAUUUCCUAAAAAUUGGCCUGAUUCUGCUAGUCGAAAUAAAUCGAGUGCAAGAUUUAAACAAUUAAAUUAUUGUUUGAAAGACAUUCGUGUUCGAGUUUCUUUGUUCGCUUAUUUACUUCCAAAUUGUUUUAUUUCAAUAUUUGAACGAUACAAUUCAAAUAUAUUUUUAUCUUUUAUUAUUAUUGCAAUUUUGGGAUUUAUCUGUGUUGUUUUAAUUAAAAAUAGUCGUCAACGAUGGAUGUAUUCUUCUCAAGCAUUUCUGCUUGGCACUGUUAAUGCCUGGGCAGUCAAAUUUAUUAUUGAUGCAUUCGAAAAGGGGCGUACUGAUGUGAUCACUUUUUGUUUAUAUGUUAUAUUGUUUGGCCUUUUUCAUUUUAGCGAAUUUCUCAUGACAGCAUAUUCUAAUCCUGAUUCACUUCGGCCUGAUUCUUUUCUUCUAAAUCAUUCUUGGGCUUAUUGGACAGCAGCAAUGUGCUCGUGGAUUGAAUUUUGGACUCGUUUAUGGAUACUUCCCACAUUCUACUCUCCGUUUGUUUCUCUUGCCGGGUUGACUCUUUGCAUACUGGGUGAAAUCUUUCGAAAAUUGGCUAUGUGUCAUGCUUCUGUUGGCUUUACACAUCAGAUAUCAUUUCGUCGGAGCAGGAAUCAUAGUCUUUGCACAGAUGGUUAUAUGGGUUGGAUGAUGUGGUCAAUUGGUACUCAAUUAAUCCUUUGUAAUCCAAUUUGUGUAAUUUCUUAUGCUAUUGUGUCUUAUCGAUUCUUUGAAGAACGGAUAUAUGAGGAAGAACGUUAUCUUAUUGAGUUUUUUGCUGAGCGUUAUAUUGCCUAUCAGCGUUUUGUGCCAACUGGAAUUCCCGGUAUUAGUGGAUAUGAGCCUACUCAUUAA